AUGCAGCGCAAGCCGGUUUCUAACUUCCUGUCGUGGGCGUCGAAUGUGCUGGAGGCGGUCGACCAAUCAGCGGCGAGCUUGAGCGACUCCACAAACCCUCAUCGCAGGAAGCACCGGCGCGAGUGGGGCGCGGCGAGGGACGGGCAGGCGUCGGACUCGGCGUGGGUGGACGCGAGCGACGGCGAUACCAGCAGCGCCGGGUACGCCAGCGCCGGGUACGCCAGCGACCAGCUGCCGCCGCUGGGGGCGCGCCGCACCUGGGAAGGCCCGGAGGGGCCACGUGCAGUGGCGGGCGGAGGAGGGCUGGAGUCGGGGGGUGAACGCGGGGAGGGGCGGGUGGGGGGUAGAGAGGUGCUGGGCGGGGUGGUGGAGGGGGAGGGGGAGGGGGGCGGUUGGGGCGCGCAUGGCAGUGGUGGGGGUGUGGGGGAGAGUGGUGGGAGCGCGAGUGGUCGGGGGCUUGCGAGCAACAGCAGCCUGGGCGGUGAGGGGCGUGGAGGUGCGGGCCAGUGGGACGCAGAGGAGGGCAGUGCGCGUGCAGGCGUGCGGCAUGUGACGGGCAGCGGUGGUGGCUUUAGCCGUGCAAGGGAGAGUGCUGCUGCUGCAGGCGGCAAGUGGAGUGGCGCGGGAAGCGCAUUGAGCGGCACGGGCGAGUGGCAUGCGCAUGAGUUCGAGGCGUGGGGUGGCGAGUGGGAGAUGCAGGGAAGGGAGGACGGAGGGGAGGGCGCUGGUGAGGAGGAGAGGGGGGAUCGUGAGGAGAUGCAGGCGCAGGGUACAGGAGAAGAAUCACAAGGCAAGGAAAGUCCAAUUGGAGAAACGGGAGAACCUGCAGAUGGUAGGGAUGAGGGGGAUGGUGCAGCAGUGGCAGAAGGGAGAGGUGAUGUUGGGGGAAGCAGCAGGAGCACAAGUGGCAGCAGCGGAGCUGCCAGUGUGGUCACGCUCCCAAGCAGCGCGAGCGGCAGCGUUGGCAAAGCCGCUGUGAGUACGAGCAUGAUCAGCAGCACAGCAGCAGAGGAGCCUGGCAAUGCAGAGAGUGACAGCGCGGCUGCACUGCAGUCCACGAGUCUCGGCAGCAUGGCAGGCAGCAAAAACAUGGCGGGCAGCAGCAGCAGGCGGGGGGUGUUGGGGGCGCAGGUGCCACGGGUGCUGGCGGUGGCGCGCAGCCCAUCAGUGGAGAUGGACGCCAUGCGCUCGUGGCGCAGGCGCAUGGAGGCACACGUGUGGACCAGCCCCGCCAUGCGCGCCGAGUUUGAGCACGCCAGCCGCGAGUGCAGCCACAUGGAGGCGCGGGUGAGUGCAGGCAGAUGGAGGCGCGGGCCUCCUCCUGCCUCUCCUGCCUCUCCCCGUUCCCCUCCUUCACUCCCCCCAGGUGUCAGUGGUGGUGGGCGAGAUAGAGCGGCUGCAGCAGGCAGCACAGCUCAUGGCUGA